AAUAUUUGUGCUUUCUGUCCAUUUCUUCAGGCGUUGAAAUCACAGAAAUUAGCCUUUCAUGUCGACUUGUGAGACAAAGGAUUUAACAAAUGGGUAAUAAUUUUAAGAAAAAUUAUAUCUUUUGUUUUCUUCUUUGACAAACAAGCUUGAAUUGAUCGUGAUGGAGAAACAAUCAUAAUGGGUGAGCCAUGGAUUUAUAACUCUAGCUUCAUCUAUGAAGAUAAUUGCCCGGCUGGAGACGCAAUUGAUCAGAUCAGACUUGAAAUUUGAGAGCUUACCUCGUGAGGUUCUCUUCUGCAACUUCCCCCUUUUUAUUAUCCCUCUCGUGGUUUUGGCUUCUUCAGGAUUGAGAUAUUCUUCCGUCCCCCCAAUGGUAUCUCCAUCUUUUGGAAUUAAAAUCUCUCCUGACCCAUAUACUAUCGAUGCUCUGAUUCAAAGUUUAAGGAGAGAUAUGAGUAACACGAUGAGGCCGAUGAUCAAAAAUACGUUCCAUUUGGUCUACGACAGAGGUUAGAAGUUUUGAUUUCUAUUCAUCUUCGAUCCACAAAGUAGAUAUAAUUGAAGAAGUUCUAGUAGUCAAUUCUCCUUGUUGAGUACUCUUGGCGUCAUCAAAGAGAUGGAAGUAGUAGAGAAGAACAGAGGGAGGAAAGGUCUGAUCUUUAAGACAUGGGAACGAUGCAGAUCAAUGGGUAAUCGUCGAAAUAGAAAUAGAUCGUCUCUGACGCCCAUAUCGAAGAGUAGAUCAUGGCCACGCAAUGACAACUCCACCGAUGAGAGCAGUAGUAGCAGCAAGCGCAGCGGCAAGAGAAGGCCACUGGCACCAGAAGGAUGCUUCACGGUUUAUGUUGGGGCUCAGAGACACAGAUUCGUGAUCAAAACGGAGUAUGCCAAUCAUCCACUCUUUAAGAUGCUUUUGGAAGAGGCAGAAUUGGAGUAUGGUUACAGUAGCCAAGGCCCACUUUCCCUGCCUUGUGAUGUCGAUCUCUUCUAUAAGGUGUUGUCGAAAAUGACUGAGAGAAGGCCUGCAAGGUUGCAGCUCUGCCAAAUGGUGUGCUUCUUAUCACCUUCUCAGUCCAUCUCGGAUGUUAGCCAUGAAUGGUUUCUGAAUUCUACAUAAUCUGUGUCUAGAGAGAGAGAGAGAGAGAGAUGAUUUGCUGUAAAUCGUGAUGUGAUGUUACUAUUUCAGAGUGUGUUUCAUAUUAUGAUGCUUGGAAGGAUGAAGAAGGUUGUCAAUCAGUCGGGUUGGGUCGGUCUGGUUUUGGUCUAGCUGAAUCGAUAUCGGUGUAUUAUUUGUUCAACCAGAAAUCAAACCGUUAAGGAAGUUUUCAAUUUCAUUUUGAUUUCACGUAAUUGGUUUGUAAUCGUGCGGUUUGGCCCGGGCCAGUUCCAAUAUGCAUAAGGAAAAUGAUGGAAAAUCUUGGGUUCUUUAGGUUUUCA